UUCAUCCUGGUUCAUUAAGUGUGGAAAUGCAACAAGCCCACAAAUAUCACAUGCUGGAGAGGUUUCAGUGUCUAAUGGAGGGUCUCUCCCACCAAGGAAGCACACUACUCAAAAAUAUCUACACAGACCUCUACAUCACAGAGGGGGGAAGAGGAGAUGUCAAUAAGGAACAUGAGGUCAGACAGAUCGAGAGGGCAUCCGGGAGAGCAGCAACCAAAGACAGAACAGUCAAGUGCAGUGAAAUCUUCAAACAAUUAUCUGAACAACUUGAUCAAUCUGAACAAGUCAGACAGAUGUCGAAGCAAGGCAAACCUAUUGGAGUAGUGCUGACAAAGGGAGUGGCUGGCAUUGGAAAAACAGUGUCUGUGCAGAAGUUCGUUCUGGACUGGGCUGAAGGAACGUCCAAUCAGGAUGUCGACUUCAUAUUUCCUCUUCCUUUCCGAGAGCUGAACCUGAUGAAGGAGAAAACCAUCAGUCUGAUUGAUGUAAUUAGACACUUCUUCCCAGAUGUGAGGCUCUCAUCAGCCUUCACCGGCUCAGAGUCCAGAGUCAUGUUCAUUUUUGAUGGUCUAGAUGAGUCUCGACUUCCUCUGGAUUUCAACUGCAACCCAGAUUGCUGUGAUGUUACAAAGUCUGUCCCAAUGGAUAUGCUGCUGACAAACCUCAUCAAGGGAAAGCUGCUUCCUUUCGCUCAUGUCUGGAUCACCACCCGUCCAGCAGCAGCCAAACAGAUUCCCCCAGAGUAUGUGAUCCAGGUGACAGAAAUAAGGGGAUUUAAUGACACACAGAAGGAAGAGUACUUCAGAAAGAAGCUCAGUGAGGAGAGCCUGGCCAUCAAAACCAUCGCUCACCUGAAGUUAUCAAGGAGCCUUUACAUCAUGUGCCACAUUCCAGUCUUCAGCUGGAUUUUAGCUACAGUAGUAGAGAGCACAUCAGAUGGAUCAGGGAGUGUAAAGAUUCCAAGGACUCUUACUCAGAUGUACACACACUUCCUGAUAAUACAGGUCAGAAUGAAACAAUCCAAAUAUACAGAGUCAGACAAAAGAGACGAAGAGAUUAUUUCCGAACUGGGGAAACUGGCUUUCCAACAGUUGGGGAAGGGAAAUCUGAUUUUCUAUGAGGAAGACCUGAGAGAGUGUGGAAUUGAUAUCACAGAAGCGUCUGUGUACUCAGGAGUGUGUACUCAGAUCUUUAGAGAGGAGGCUGGACUGUAUCAGGGGAAAGUGUUCAGCUUUGUGCAUCUCAGCAUUCAGGAGUUUUUUGCAGCUUUGUAUGUUUUCCUCGGUUUCAUCAGCAGAGAGAGAAACGUGCCUGGCCAACAUCAAACCUCUCAGCUCUCUACUCUGUUCAGAGCAUCAACAUUUCACGACCUACACAAGACCGCACUGGAUCUGGCCUUACAGAGUGAGAAUGGACAUCUGGACCUUUUCCUCCGCUUCCUUCUGGGCCUCUCACUGGAGUCCAAUCAGAGUCUCCUAAGACACCUACUGCCACAGACUAACAGCCAAACACAGAGCUCAGUUCAAACAGUCCAGUUAGUCAAACAGAAGACCAGACAGCAGAGUAGCUCAGACAGAAGGAUCAACCUGUUCUACUGUCUGAAUGAGCUGAAUCAGCAUGCUGUAGUGGAGCACAUUGAUGGGAGCUCAGGAACUCUGUCUGUAGAGAUGCUCUUACCAGGACAGUGGAAGACUGGGAAGUUCAAUUUUGAGACAUCAGAAGAAUAUCUGGAUAUGUUUGACCUGCGGAAGUACAUGAAGACACCAGAGGUGGAUCAGACUGAUCUCCUCAGCCCAGAUGAUAUCCUCCAGAAGCUGAUGCCAUCUGAUGUGUUCACAUCAUCCACCUCAGCAGAGCUGUGGUCCUGUCCCCUGUCAAAGAAGAGCUGCUCCAAUCUGGCCUCUGCCCUGACCUCACACUCGUCACCUCUCACACAGCUGGACCUGAGGAUCAGUGACCUUCAGGACUCAGAGGAAAAAAAUGAGGUCUUCAAAGAAAAGAACACGGUCCCUAAAGUUAUGAGGAUUGAUAAGUGCUACCUGCCAGGCAAGCUCAAGGUCUGGUGCUAUCAGUUCACCCGUAAGCAGGAGAAGGCAAGGCUUGUCCUGGAGCUGAGAAACUCAACUGACCCAUUUGUGAAAAACAACAAAGCACCUGUUCGAACAGGACACAAAUGGAGGGUAGAAGAGGCUGUUGACCAGGCCAUCAGCAGGGUCAUGCUCAAAGAGAUUGUGGGCAGGACGCAGUCUGGGAGAGCCGGCUUGGGGUGGGGAGAAGCCCCCAAGUUCUGGAAGAAGAUCACCAAAACAGUGCUCAUGGCAGAGCUCACGGUCCCUUGGGAGGGUGGUAUGGAAGCGGCAUUCGAAAGGAAGAAGGAGAAGUACACAGAGCUGGUAGCCGAGUGCCGAGAGGCUGGUUGGACGGCCAACAUCUUUCCUGUGGAGAUGCUGCAGAGCUGCGCGCUACACACAGCAGCCAGCAGCAUACAGGAGCACAACUGCCAUCUCUCAGGGAGCUAUGAGUGUUUGGAGUCUGGUCUGCGCUGGUCCUGUGCUGGUCCAGUCACACUGCAGUACCGCAUCAGCAAGGAGGAGCAGUUCUGGUCCCAGCUGCAGAUGUUAGGGUACCGACCUGUGGGCCCUCUGCUGGAAAUCAAACUUCUGUCAGGAGAGCUGGAGGAAGUCCACCUACCUCACUCCCUCUGCCUGGGUGGUUCUGACCCGGUUCUGCUGAGAGACAAAGUCAAGGCCCUGCACGGCGACGAUAGUGGUGUUUCUCUGGAGACGUGUGAGUUGAGCCGUUUCCAUGGCAGGCUUUCAGCACAGCAAUUCUCUCUGUGGCAGCUGGUGGUGAGAUUGGGUGUCCCAGUGAAGAUCCACUGUGAGGUGUUGAUCUAUGAACACAACCCUUGGCCCCUGGUCCUACACGUGUACAUGCUGCCCUCGCCCUCCUCAGCCAAGCAGGCGUUGCAGGAGGAGUAUCAAGAAAGGGGAGCCCAGAGCAUCAUCAAGCCUUUCCCAGAUCACUCCCUUGCCAUCGGUUCCACAUUCCAGCUGCACAGCUCCUCAGAUUCUCUUGAACCCCCCAACCUACUCUGA